AUGUCUACAUCUAAGACCGGGACCGAGCACUCCCACCUACCUUCACCACCUGCAUCACCCGGAAAAUCGUUCGAGCAAAGGGCACCAGCCGCCAUAGACUCUGCACCUCUGAAGUCCUCCUCACAUUCUGAAGAAGCUCUAGAGGCUCUCGAUACCCUCCUGAUAGAAUACCUCAACCUACUGGACGCCUAUACUACCCUACGUACCCAGCUCAAUAGCCAACUCUCUCAGGGAUACCUCUCUCUUGCAACCGCGAACCGCAAUGCCGCCUCGGUGCUGGGUCCAGGACGACGCUUUGGCGAAGAAGGGUUCGAUGGACGUAUGCGCGCCAUCCGCAAGCUGACGAUCCGAGAAGGAAGUUCAAGGCUGGCGUCCAUUGCCACAGAAGAGCUAGACGCAGAAGCGGACAACCAUAUAGCCGUGGACCAGAGCGCGGAAGAUGGUAAUGAGCAACAGCCAGCCACGCAGACACAAAAGAAGUCACAGAUUGACGCUACAGAAGCCGAUCUCCUCGAUGAGCAUGACACGCCAUCCGGCGCAGAUGCAGACCGAGGACCUGAUCCGGGACCUGAAGCGGCGCCAUUCAACUUCUCGUUCUCAUCAUCACUCACGGCAGAGGUCACCUCCAAGUCCAAACCGAAAGACCCACUCAAAUGGUACACGGCACUACCACCGCCAGCCCUGCGACAGACGCAAAACCACUUCACGCAGUCGCUAGAUGCCGUCGCAGAGCUGCUGAGCGCGCAGAGCGCACUGCAGGCUGCCGAGGCUAGAGUGUGGGCUGCGAGGCAAAGGUUUGCGGUCCCCGCCGGCAACGAAGCGAGGAAAGAGGAAGCAGAGCAGUCGAGUCACCUUGGCGGCGGCGGACAAGUCGGCGAGGAGAAGCUCAGCACGCUGAGGCUAGCCCACGACCACGACCACGAUGACGAACAGGACGAGGCCGGAGCCCUCAACGACGACGCAGAGCACAAGGAGCCAGGGACCGGCGUGACGAGCUCCUUCAAGGGCCGCCAGCUUUCCUCGAAUCCGCGCGCCCCCGAGCCGAGAUCGCGUGUGCUGAAGAUGCAGUGA